GAGAACGGCACAGUGUCAUACAGUAUAAUCUCCACGGAUGAGAAUUUCAUAAUCAAUAAUAAGACUGGAGAAGUGAGCAACACUAGACAACUCGACUAUGAAAGACAUACGAUGCACAACUUCACAGUCCUUGCCAUUGAUGGUGGUCGGCUGCCUUUGACUGGCACUGUCGCUGUUACAGUCUUUGUUGAUGAUGUAAAUGAUAAUGCUCCGGUUGUUACUUCUGGCCAACUAUUGACAGUGCUUGAAAAUCAUUCAGCAACUCUUCCUGUAGGUACACUGUCAGCUGUAGAUGCAGACUCUGGAUUAAAUGGAAACUUCUACUUCAAAAUCGCCUCAAUAAAGCCGUGUUUUUGUGGAAUGUCAGAAAGUGGGGAAAAAUCGUCUGAUUUCAAUGAGUCCCUGUGUACAUGGGCUGUAGAAAUGGUCAAUAAAUGCGAUAUGGAGAGUGUUGAGCAAUCAUAUAGACUCUGCAGUAGGGCACCACUUGCAGGUGUACCUUCAUGGACCUCUAAAGAAUAUCGAAGAUUUCUGAUGACGGAACGUGGUGAUGUCUACUUGCGCUAUCCCAGUCUCGAUAGAGAAACUGUCCCAGUCUACCUCGUUCAAGGUGUAGUUACAGAUCGUGGACAGCCACCCAUGAAAACUCCCUUCUGCAUUACAGUAGUUGUCAAUGACGUCAAUGACUGCCAUCCGAAAUUCACAUUCCCAGCUCUAACAAACAAUACAGUAUUUGUCAGACUGCCAAUUCAUCGUGGUGAACCUCUUGUACAGUUGCAUGCCACAGACUAUGAUAUCUACGAAAAUGGCGAAUUGAGAUUCGGCUUCGCAGAGGAAAUGGAGGAUACAGUAGCUAAUCUAUUCGCCAUUCAUCCACAAAGCGGUCUCAUGGUUUCGAAAUAUAGCCUACAACUGAAGGAUUUGGAAUAUCUGGCCUCUUCAAACUCCGUUUUAAAACAAUCUUAUAUGGUAAAAAUUAAGGUAAAUUAA